ACGUGUUCUUUCGCGCCAACCCUCCCUUCCCUCCCCCGGAUUCUACGUUUGGAUGGGAGGACAGGCGCAGCCACUACCCGAACACCGAGCAAAAGCUCCGAAGUGGUGAUUUAGGAUUUGAAAAGGUUGCAGGUUCCCAGACGUCCGCGGUACAGUACGGUUGCUCUCAAAAAACCACGGCAGGGGUUUCGGGGAUCAGGUGAGGAAACCCGUCAAAACGACAAAAUGGACAACCGACGGAAAGAGCAGAACAGUAUUCUUGACCGGCAUAACCGCAUGAUCGCCCAGAUCCUGACGCGGUUCCGCAACAUGGUCAUGGCGGCUACGGAGCCCCUGCCACGUGACGGCGCCAUCAUCGAGACGGCCGCGCUCAACAGCAUGACGAUGGAGACGGAGACGCAGGCUCUUAUCACCGAGAUACAAAACCUCCUCACCCUGAACCGCGAGAUCAAGGCGCUCUGGAUCAAGGGCCCGCUCAGGAGGACCGGCGAGGAUGACGCGCGGGAGGCGGAGCUCGACCGCAAGGCCGAGCUCGUGGCGGACCUCUUCAACCAGGCCAUGGCGCAGCGCGAGGGUCGGUUACGGCGGCAGGGAGAAUCGGCGGCGGGGACUGCUGCUGGCGAUGGUGCUGGCGGCGGCGGCGGGCAGGGCUCGUCAUAACUGCUGGGUGGUCGUAAGUGGUACCUGGCUUGAAGGAGGAGGGAGACCGUGGACGGGGCCUUGAGGUUCGUUGCAUGUGUUCAUGCGAAGAAAGCGGGGGGUGCCCGGUCACAAGUACUCGAACAAACAUUGAUCACUGUCGUUCCGAGUACGAAA